UCAACAAGAGCAUUGAGCGUCCGCUCAGUCCGGGAAUGAAACACAGCAGUGCAGCACUCCAGCGCAGCACACAUUAGUACGAAAUCGUCUCGGUCGGUGCUUCUUCGUGAGCACAGCCUCUACAUAUCGACUCUCCAGACCCAUUUCUAUAAAUCCAGCCCCCGCGUGCGCGUAUGGAGGGACAGCCGGGCUCAGACGCGCCUGCCCCGGGCCGCUCAGCCACCAGUCGCGCGGUCGCUCUGGCUGACUUACUGCACCAGGACUGCAAACAGUUACUGCAGUUAUAUCAAGAGCGAGAGAGUUUUCUCUCUCAGCACUCCCCUGAAGGAGGCCGCUUGGUAACGCCUGACCUCUGUACGGACACCCCCACCACGGUGGAUCAGGUGGGCCAUGUGCGCUCAGCCCUGCAACGCUGCCUGGAGCUGCUGGAGUGCCUGAUUGUGCGAGAGGUGGAGGAGAUGGGUGGGGAGCUGGAGGGAGAAUAUGAGACGGUAAGGAAGACGGUGAAGGAUCGCCUGGGACACCUGCUGCACAGCACGGGGGCACUGCUGGAGAACGGGGAGGGCGUCUGCGCACCUUCGCCUGAAUUUCAGUGCAUCCAGGGUCUGGAUGAGGUGGAAGGUUCAGGCAGCUUUGCCAACAAGCAGUGGACCUACAGGGUUCUGCUGGAGCUGAUCCACUGGACAGAUUCGGCUACUCAGGCCCUUCACGUGCUGCACUCUGAGAGAGAGGCGGAGCACCGGGAACAGGAACUAUAAAUGCCCUGUAUAUACAAACACUGAGUGCUGAGAUAGAUCACUACAUACAGACACAUGCAGAAAGUCCCUGGAAUUACAGAGCUCUGUCUGACUAAAACAACUAGUCUGCAAUUCGUACAACAUAAGACAGCAGUAAAUUCAAAUUUCUUAUAUUGAAUUAAUUGAAUAUGAUAUGGCCUUUCAGCUAGGCCCUAUCUGGUCAUGUCAUGGAUUUCCCUGAAAAAAAUUUAAGCAAAUCUUUCAAAGAUUCAUGCUGAAAUUCGAAGCUGUGCUUCAAGUAGAUUUUUAGCUAUGAAUUUUAAAAUAUUGAAAUAUUACCUGUGUAUAAAUGCACCACUAAGACUAAUAUUUUACUUUAUAUCAGCUAACAGCUGAUUUAUAGGUCAAAUUGUGCAAUAUUUCAUCAAAAUGUACAUUUUAUGUAGGAUUCUUACAUUUCUAUAUCUAUGUAUAGAUAUAGAAUAUCUAUGAAUUACUAAUUUCUGAAUCCACUAUGAGUUGAACAUGACAUAAAAAAAGAAAAAAAAUUUUCCACAAGGCACUGAUCUUAUGUCCUAAAGACAGUUAUGUCUGAUUGCAAUGGGGCAAAGUUUAAAAAAUUAUAGCUGAAACAACUACUUGGAACAUAGCUUUAAAAUUUUGCUAAUAUUUAAGAUUUUGCCUGGUUUCCUUUUUAUGGAAAUCCAUGACGGGGCCUGGACCAGUUUGUGUGAAAUGAGCCAUACAUAUACAGCUAGGUUUGGGGCCAGGACCAAGACUAAGUCUAAGCUGAUUUCAGCGAGAUCACCCUCUCAAAAAGUGUCAAAUAUCUGAAGGUCCAUGUUAUAAUGUUUUGGGCCUAUUCAUGUUUGUCCUAAUCUUUUCAAAAGCUCACUUUUCUGGAACAUAUUACACUGUUUUUAUUUAUUGAGGGGGGCUGCACAAAAUAUUUUGUUUGUUAAUCAGUAUCACAAUUUUGACAUGAUAUCACUAAAAUGUGAUGAAGUCUUUAGUAAAUCACAAAGAAAUCUUUAUUUGCUAUCCUGAAAAAUAUUAGCUUUUGGAUCAGGUAGAUCAUUCUGUGCAGGCCAGUCUUUAAAGUGUUUUAUUAUACUGCAGUGCAUAUUGCAAUUGCAAUGUGCAGUAGUAGAAUAAUACUAUGGUAUUCUGUCCGUAUCCUGCAGCCCCAGCCUUCCAUAUAAAUGACUAAGAGUAAGUUACUUGCCCUUUUCUUGACCAAAGGCAGAUCUCAGCAAUUCCAAGGUCUCAUGUGUCAAGUUGAAACAAAACUCUUAACAAUGCAACCUCUAACAACAAUGUUCCUACUACAGAGAGUUCAUUGGUAGCGCUUCACUGGACUGUAAUGGCUAGGUCUCUUUUGUGAAAUGUAUCAUCACAGUACUUCUGGCCGGCCUCCAGGGUCAGGGACGAGCCCUGAACCUCAUCGCACUCACGAAUCUCUCUCCAGUGUAAUUCGACCAUCAGUGUCAAUAGGUUUGCACAGGCGCUUCAGUUACACGUUUGAAUCUCAAACAGUUGAAGGAGAAAAACUCAUUAGAGUUUUGUUGUGCUGUUUGAAGUUAAACUGCCUCCUACUUCAUGAGAAAUUUGCCAUGUCUUAUGGCCUCGACCGCAAACUUGUUAAUCAAGCUCAAAGUUUACAAUCCUUCAGAAGUUUAUGUACUUCAGUGAGAUUUGGGCCAUCAAUGUCCAUCUCAAGUUGAAGCUUCACACCAGCUAAUAUUGUUAUUAUACACUACCAUUCAAAAGUUUGAAUACCCUUGCAAUCACCUCCAGUAUCGUAGUAACCACACAGCAACACCCCAGCAACCAUGACAGAUGCUGUAGUAACCACAUACCAAUACCCCAGCAACCACCUGGAAUACCAUAUGAACUCCAUAGCAACACCCUAGCAACCCAUCUAAAAUAACAUAGUUACUGCAUGGCCACACCCUAAUAACCACCAUAAAUACCUUUUGAACAAGAUUAACUUUUGAAUAAGAUUAAAAAUAGCUUAGUCAAUAGUUUCUAAUAUUUAAAUUCACAUUGUCCAAAUUACUGUUUAUAAAGUAAGAAGAAUUAAGAUGGCAAGUGAUUCCAAACUUUUAAAUGGUAGAGUGUUCAAAAUAUAUUUAAAGAAAUUAACAUACAAAUCUUAAACAAUGUACAAGUGCCCUCUGUGCAGAAGAGCCUAGCCAUUAAACACUAAAGCUUUAGAAGAUAUAGCUGCUAACACCGCACUGCACUAACAGCUUGUGUGUAGCGUUUCUCUAUUACUCCAUUACUGUGACUGUAAUACAUACUUUAGUGAAUAGUGUUGACAUUAGCAUUAAUGCCAUGGAAGACAAACUAGUGACAGUUCAAAAAAUGAAGUUUCUUUCUUUCUUUCUUUCUUUCUUAUUUAUUUAUUUCUUAAAUACUUUGUUUAUACUAAAAUCUUUUAAAAGAAUAUGUGAUUUAUUGGUACCAGAAUAGGUACUAACGACUAAAUAUGAAAAUAGAUGCUGUGAAAAAUCUAAUCGUAACUGUUGCACGGUUUUCUGCAAUGCAUCGUGGCAAACUGUUGCAUGUCUGUCGCCAAAAACUGUUUUGCUCACCGUGAAUCAUGCUCAUUUCAGAUCAACUAACAACGCUUUGUUGGAGAAAUGUGAGGACUUGAGAAUGUAGGCGAGACUGUUAUUUUUGGAAUGUUUGCUUUUGUUUUUUUUUGUAUUUUUAUUUAUGAGAGUAUGAUACGUUGAUGACCGCCGAUGAAUAAAUGAUGAAGAAAAAAAAAGUGAAUCAUUCAUUUCAGUUUAUUCAAAACAUGCAGAUUGCCUUCACGCUGCCAGCCUUUGGAUCUCGAAUGGCUCCAGACUACCUACUUAGUGCACUACACAGGAGCCUAUCCAUUAAACACUAAAGCUUUAGAGCUUAUAGGUGCUAACAGGCUGCAUUGCACUAACUUUCUCUGUGUAGCAUCUGUUCAUUACUGUGACUAUGAAACAUACCAUGUUAUUGAAUAGUGAAGCCGUUUGAAUGUUAAAGGGGAAUUCCACUGAUUUUUAAAAGUUUUAGUGGUUGAGUUGUAAACAAAGUCAUUCAGAGGGGUUUGGAGUGAAAUGGUUCAUUGUAGAGACUCUGAUUUUUUUUUACAGUGAUGGUAUCCAGUAUCCAAAACCAAAGUUUUAGCCCCAAAUCUUUUCAAAACUAAAACAGUGUCUCAGACAUCAGGCAGUGUGUUCAUGAUCCAUUUCAUGUAAUAACUUUCUGUGAGGAAGCUUUUAGA